AUUAAUCUUGAUGGCUCAGUGUGUGUGCUGUUGGCUGGUCAUCUGAUAGUCGACAACACAUCCAUCUGUCCUGGCGGUUCUUAACUAGCCCACUCUGUUGCUCCAACAGGUACAGAGGCUGUGUAUACAUUAUACAUUGUUUGAGGACACCUUUUCCCCUUUUCUUUUGUUAUCAGCGCAGCCAAUAUAUUUGAUACGUCAAAAGAGUCAGCUUCACCGAAAGCACGGGCCGCUCAAGGCCCCUCGAGUGACUACCUCAACUAAACUGCAGCCCUAAAUAUCCCUUGGAUACACUUGCGUUUUCACAAUGGACUCGAUGAGAUCACUCAACAAAUCUCUUCCAAGCUCGACGGCAUAUUCUCAACCCCCGGAGCAGCUCUUACAGGCUUUCAGAUCUGCCGCGCUCUCGGUCACCAACUUAUAUAAGAGUGCUGUGACCGACGUAGCCCAAGCGAAACAAUCAGGCUACCAAGAGGCCAUCGAAGAUUUAUUACAUUUUUUGGAUCGAGAAAACCUGGGAUUAGGAGAUGGCGAAGGCUGGAAGGUGCGGCAAUGGGCCACAGAACGAGUUGAUGGAACACCCGCCAAUGAGAGUGACGAUGAUGACAAGCCCAUGAGAAGCUCUUCACCAUCGAUGAACCGAAAAGACCGACACGAUAAAACCCACAAACGGCAAGGAUCCAUCUCUUCAUCGACACGUACUGAUCCUCCUACCGAGCAACAACAACAACCUCCAACGAAUUACGAACAACCUACAGUAAUUCCAUCAGGAGACUCGACUGCAUUUACCAGAACACCUGUAUUCACAUUCUCUUCCGGACCACCAUUUCCUGCCGUCUCCCAAGAUACAGACACGGAAACGGCUGAUAAUGUAUCGAUGGAGUCAGGAUCAUCAGGAGAAACGACAGGUGUAGGGCUGUCAGUCCUGCCACGAAAUGCUUGGGCCGCUAACCGUCACAAUGCCCCGCGACGAUCCUCAACAAGAGAAUCCGGCACAUCAUUUAGCGCCAAGCGGAAGCACCAGUUCCCGGAUUUCUUUGAUAUUUCUAGUAUUCAUGGACGUGACAUGUUUGGAGGCGGUAAACGGGGACGAUUUGCAUGAGGCCAUUGUAUCCAUUUGCACGAAGGAAUGAUAACAUGCAUGACACUGAUACCCGAGAGAGGAAAAAGGUUUCGCGAGCAUUUAUUGAGGAGUCUUUCGGCAUUGGUCGUUUCAUGAGCGCCGUCGUCGCCUUAUCCGAUUCUUAGACUAGAAAUUUAUAUAUAUCUCACAAGGAUAUUCUCAUAUGCAGCCAUAAUUUUGUCAUGAAAACGAUUGAGCCUACUUGCAUCUUGAUUAAUAGAAGCAUAAUUUAGUAAUUUGCUCUAGUAACAAUUAAUAUUUGAGCCAUCCAGGCAGAUAG